AUGGCCGCCAACAUUCGGCCCAUCGAUGGCAAAAGUGUCCAUCAAAUACAAUCGGGCCAGGUCAUUGUUGAUCUUUGCUCCGUCGUCAAGGAGUUGGCAGAGAAUAGCAUCGAUGCCGGAGCCACAAACAUAGAUGUCCGCUUCAAGAACCAGGGCCUCGACCUCAUCGAGGUUCAGGACAACGGCUCUGGCAUUUCCCCUGCCAACUACCCGUUCGUGGCUCUCAAGCACCACACCUCCAAAUUGUCCUCAUUCGCCGACAUAGCCUCGUUGCAGACCUUUGGCUUCCGCGGCGAGGCCCUCUCCUCCUUAUGCGCCCUCUCUAACCUGACCGUCACGACGUGCGUCCAGGCCGACGUGCCCAAGGGAUCCAGACUCAGUUUCGAACCCUCCGGACAACUUCGGAACAUCGUCAUCGCCGCCACUCAGAGGGGCACCAUCGUCUCGAUAGAGGGUCUUUUCCACAAUCUUCCUGUGCGCCGCCGUGAGCUCGAGCGCAACAUCAAGAGAGAGUGGCAAAAGGUGGUCGCUCUCCUUAGCCAGUAUGCUUGCAUUCAGACAAAUGUCAAGCUUUCCGUCUCGCAGCAACCUACAAAGGGAAAACGGGUCGCUUUGUUUUCAACCCGAGGCAAUCCUACCACCCGAGAGAACAUCAUCAAUAUCUUUGGUGCCAAGACCAUGUCUGCCCUGGUUUCAUUGGACUUGGAUCUGGAAAUCCAGCCCACGACGACAACUGUCAAUCCCGAAGCCACGGCUGGCCCUGGUACCGAUUCCAACAAGGUUCGCGUUGUCGGCCACAUCUCACGGCCGUCCCCUGGAGACGGUCGGCAGACGCCAGACAGGCAGAUGUUCUUCGUCAACGGGAGGCCAUGUGGACUUCCGCAAUUUGCCAAGACAUUUAACGAGGUCUACAGAUCAUUCAAUCAUUCACAGUCGCCCUUCAUAUUCGCCGAUGUCCGGCUGGACACUCAGAUGUACGAUGUGAAUGUCAGCCCAGACAAACGCAGCAUCCUCCUGCACGACCAAGGCCGACUUCUUGAUACUCUCCGUGCCUCUCUGGCGACUAUGUUUGACUCGCACGAUUGUGCUGUUCCCAUCGCUCAGCCGGGGGGUAACAAUCGUGGCCCCAAUCCUCAUGAUGGCGCGGCUCGUCCGGUCAUAGCGUCUUUCGCCAACCCCAAACUGAGACCCGGAAAAACGCAGGAAGGCAAGGUUCGACCAAGCGACGAUGCAGGGGCUGGUCUUUUAGAUGAUUCAGAUUCAGACUCUGGUACAAAGUCAUCGCGACAAGACGCCGCCGCCGACCUGAACCGACUGCGAAGUGGAUCGCGGCCGAGUUCACGGCGCGGGUCCGACGCCAAUACACCCACUCAACCUGUCUCGAAUGCACCGGGAGCUUCUCUGCCCGUGAGAGAUUUCAACUCACGGCUAGCGGACAACACUGCGACAGCUCUGGCAGCCACCAAGCGCACAACAGACGACACCGCAUCUAGUGUGCACGGCCUGGCUGAUGAUAAUGACGAUCUCGGGGAAGAAUCCGACCCAGCGGAAUCCAGCCUCAGGCGGGGCAAUACGCCCUGGCAGGCAGUACAGCGAUUACUCGUCGACGAAGAGGACAUCCGGUCGCGAAUGGACUAUUUAGAAUCUCAUCGGUGGACGGGGGACUCCGCCGCUCCCGCAACCGACCAAGUGGAAGACAUUGGCGCAUCCGAUGCCGAAUCAAAACUCACCCUCACAAUAUCGAGGAGCGAUUUCACCGCGAUGCGGAUAGUCGGGCAAUUCAACAUGGGAUUUAUCAUCGCCCAUGAUGAGCUUUUCAUCAUCGACCAGCAUGCCUCGGACGAGAAGUAUAACUUCGAGCGGCUGCAAAGCACCACAAUUGUCCAAUCACAACGGCUCGUGCAUCCCAAGAAACUUCAGCUGACAGCACUCGAGGAAGAAAUCGUGAUGGGAAAUCUCACAGCCAUCGAAGCCAACGGGUUCAAAGUCACUGUUGAUGCAAGCUGCAGUUCGCCCGUGGGCUUACGAUGCGAGGUUGUCGCACUGCCUCUGAGCCGCGAGACGACAUUUAAUCUCGACGACCUGGAAGAAUUGAUUGCACUACUUGGAGACGAGGCAGCCGAAUCCGACCACGUUCCCAGGCCAUCCAAGGUGAGGAAAAUGUUCGCCAUGAGGGCGUGUCGAAGCAGCGUGAUGAUUGGGAAAGCCUUGACCUUCAACCAAAUGUACGGGCUGGUGCGACAAAUGGGAGAACUGGACAAGCCCUGGAACUGUCCACACGGGCGACCCACCAUGAGACACCUCUGUCGGCUUCAGGCCUGGGAUGAGAAGUGCUGGGGAGGGGACUCGGCUGCCUGCUCCGCUGCUUCUUGGCGAUCGUAUGCAAGAGGUGACUAG